GCUGGAAGGCGCCGGAGCCGGGUGGCUCCGCGGGCCGCAGGAGGGCGGUGCCGUGGGCCUGGUCCCGGAGGUGGCGACCGGCAUUAGUGAGAUGAUCAUGGCAGCUCGGACCGGUCAGAGGGCUCUAAGAAAGGUGGUUUCGGGAUGCCGUCCAAAGUCGACGGCAGCAGCCGGAACCCCGGCUCCGGCUCAGGGAGCUGCGCGGUACGUCAGAUAUUUAGCUUCCUGUGGUAUACUGAUGAGCAGAACUCUUCCACUACAUACCUCAGUUUUGCCUAAGGAGAUAUAUGCAAGAACCUUCUUCAGAAUUGCUGCACCAUUAAUAAACAAAAGAAAAGAAUAUUCAGAGAGGAGAAUUAUAGGAUAUUCUAUGCAGGAAAUGUAUGAUGUGGUAUCAGGAAUGGAGGAUUACAAGCAUUUUGUUCCUUGGUGCAAAAAAUCAGAUGUAAUAUCAAAGAGAACCGGAUACUGCAAAACACGAUUAGAAAUUGGGUUUCCACCUGUGUUGGAGCGCUACACAUCAGUAGUAACCUUGGUGAAACCACAUUUGGUAAAGGCAUCCUGUACUGAUGGAAGGCUUUUCAAUCAUUUGGAGACUGUUUGGCGUUUUAGCCCAGGUCUUCCUGGCUACCCAAGAACUUGUACCUUGGAUUUUUCAAUUUCUUUUGAAUUUCGCUCCCUUCUACACUCUCAGCUUGCCACACUGUUUUUCGAUGAAGUUGUAAAGCAGAUGGUAGCUGCCUUUGAAAGAAGAGCAUGUAAGCUGUAUGGUCCAGAAACAAAUAUACCUCGGGAAUUAAUGCUUCAUGAAGUUCAUCACACGUAAAGGGAAAAAGAACUGGUCACUUACUUGUAACUUUAGUUUAUUUACUUUUAGGAAGUGCUUUUAUCAUUUGCUUUCAGAAGUCAGAAAGCAUUUGUUAAACCCAGAUUUGAUUAUAAGCCUGCACCAUUGAGAAUUUGCACUUGGAAUAUGGAACCACAUGUAUAUAGAAUUCAAUCAAGUGUAAUUCAAAGUAAUGUGUAUAUUAGCAUAUUUACGAUAAUGGGAUGUCAUCACUAUUGCUAGAAUAUGGACAUCACUCUUACCAGAAAUUGAAACUGUAAAUUUAAGCCUUUUAAUUAUCACCUUAUUUGAAAGAGGUCAGUUGAGAUACUCACAUAGUAUGUAUUAUAUUAACCAUAUCACCUUUAAGUUAUUAAAUUCAGACUAUUUAUAACUUAUUGUCAUAGGACCCUGCCUCUUAGCUUAGGAUAUUUGGAUAAUCAUCAGAUAUUUAAAGUAAACUUUGACUUAAAAAUACUGUUAAUGAAGGUUCCUCGGCUACUUUCCUUAUUUUUAAAUUGUUCUUAUGGGUAGUAGGUAAAUUCAGUGCCAUAUAUAGUGAGAUUAACUCCCAGAUAAACAAUGAAUAUUUUUUUUGGUGAGUGGUCCAGAGCUUUAAGCUAGUUCUCUUGUAGUUUGCAACCCUCUCCCAGGUACUUUCAUUACUCUUUCAAUAAUGCUGAUUGUUCGUCAGAUUUUGUCUACAGUAGUGGGUAAUGGAUGAAGAUAAGUUGGUUGAUAUGUUUCCAGCACCAUGCAUCCCUAUUUUCUAUUUAUUGUGUGUACUCACUUUCAAUAAUAUAUUUCAAACUGAUAUUUUUAUAAACAAAUCAAGGUCAAAGGACUGAAGUGGUAACUUAAUAAAGUUAAUUUGUUUAUUUUUUGUACAGUUAUUUUGGUUAUUGAAAUCCUCCUAUAUUAUUUCCAUGUGUAUUUUAACUAGACAUAGUAAAGUUUAAUUGUAGCAUUUUAUGAAACAAAUCUGGGCAAAAUUGUCUUCCUUUAAUUAAUACUGAUCUUCCCUCCUUUCACUCCAUACACAACAACCCUCUUGCAUUACCUUUCUAGUCAGAGUGCUGUUUGUUUCCUCAGAUAAACAAGGUACCUCAGUAAUUAGCUCCCUACAUAAAAGCAUGUUUCCAAUAAAUCUGUUUUGAGUGCC